AUGCACAAAGACGGCGCUCCUCUCCGACCCAUCGUGUCGCUCAAAGGGACUCCAACGUACGGACUGGCUAAGUGGCUGUUCCGGCGUCUCAAGUUCCUGACCGCUGAGCCAGACACCACGGUCUCUUCGUCAACACAAUUCCUGGAGAAACUCAAAGGGGUAAGCAUCCAUCCAAAUGAGGUCAUGGUAUCUUUUGACGUUACAUCCCUUUUUACUUCUAUUCCCCAGGACCUGGCGAUCGAGACGAUUGAGCUGCUACUACAAAGCAAAUACGAUGAAACGGAGAACCGUCCUGGACACGCCCAAAUCCUUCAUCUCCUGAAGCUCUGUCUCAGGACGUACUUCACGUUCGACGGGACAAUCUACGAAGAGGUGAAGGACACACCAAUGGGUUCGCCGAUUUCGGGAUUCAUCGCUGAGGCGGUCCUGCAACGGUUAGAUUCGCUGGUCUUCCAACACCACAGACCGAAAUUCUGGGCCCGGUAUGUGGAUGAUACUUUCGUCAUCAUCGAACGGGAUCAGGUGUUGACAUUCCACGAACAUCUCAACGCCGUCUUCCCGGACAUUCAAUUGACGAUGGAGGAAGAGAACAACCAGCUGGCCUUCCUGGAUGUCCUUGUAUGCCGUAAAGAUUGUGGUGAACUAAAAAACAAAAGGGUUCAGGAAAGCGACAAAUACGACGCAAGUACUGAACUUCAACAGUAA